AUGGCCUUUGCGCCCAUGGGGCCGGAGGCCUCGUUCUUCGCGGUUGUGGACCAGCACAGGGCUUCCCUGCUGGCCGCCCUGAGGAGCGGCGGCGGGGAGCCGGCGGGCGGGGGGGUGCGCCCGGCCUCCAGUUCUGAGGUUCUUGCAUCUAUAGAAAAUAUUAUCCAAGACAUAAUCACAAGCUUGGCGAGAAAUGAAGCACCUGCCUUCACAAUAGACAACAGAUCAAGCUGGGAAAAUAUAAAGUUUGAAGAUUCUGUGGGUCUUCAGAUGGUAUCUCAUUGUACCACAAGAAAAAUCAGAAGUGAUUCACCAAAAUCAGUUAAAAAUUUUGCACUAAUUCUUAAAAUAUUGUCCAUGAUUUACAAAUUAGUACAGAGCAACACUUAUGCAACCAAGAGAGACAUAUAUUACACUGACAGCCAACUCUUUGGUAACCAGACUGUUGUGGACAAUAUUAUCAACGACGUUUCUUGUAUGUUAAAAGUGCCGAGGAGGAGUCUACAUAUAUUAUCUACAUCAAAAGGUUUAAUUGCUGGCAAUUUAAGGUAUAUCGAGGAAGAUGGCACCAAAGUGCAUUGUACCUGUGCAACAGCUGUUGCUGUACCAUCUAAUAUCCAAGGAAUUUGGAAUUUAAUUACAGAUGCGAAAUUUCUAUUAAUUGUAGAAAAAGAUGCGACAUUUCAGCGACUCCUAGAUGACAACUUUUGCAGCAAAAUGUCUCCAUGCAUCAUGGUUACGGGAAAGGGAGUACCUGAUCUGAACACAAGACUUUUAGUCAAGAAGCUGUGGGAUGCGUUUCACAUUCCUAUUUUCACUCUUGUAGAUGCUGAUCCACAUGGCAUAGAAAUAAUGUGCAUCUAUAAGUAUGGAUCUAUGUCGAUGUCUUUUGAAGCCCAUAAUCUCACAGUUCCAGCUAUCAGAUGGCUUGGUCUCCUCCCUUCUGACAUUAAAAGAUUAAAUAUACCUAAAGAUACUUUAAUUCCACUGACAAAACGGGACCAAAUGAAACUUGACAGUAUCCUGAAAAGACCUUAUGUUACUUGCCAACCAUUUUGGAGAAAAGAAAUGGAAAUAAUGGCAGACUCUAAAAUGAAGGCAGAAAUUCAAGCUUUGACCUUCCUAUCAUCAGAUUAUCUUUCCAGAGUGUACUUACCUAACAAAUUAAAAUUUGGAGGAUGGAUAUAA